CGGCACCCGUACGUCCCGUCGUCACAGGGACCGGAAAACAGGAGGCGGAUGCCGGCAUCCGCUGGAGGAGAUGGCCGGGGAUGCUGCAGGGGACACAUCGUGGGAGCCAAGGACAAGGUAAGUGCUGCAGGGACUCCCUAUGCAGCGCCGCGUGGUAAGCCCGAGUGUAGCUCGGGGUUACCGCUUUUGGUACUGACAUUUUACCCCGAGCUACACUCGGGAAUACCGUUAGGGAGGUUAAAAAAGAAUAUUGGGUGGGUGGUGAGAAACGGGAGAGGAAAUGGGAGAGGGAGAGAUCAAGUGAACCAUAGCUUACAACAAAAUGUGGUAGUGUUAAAACAGAAAUCCCAAGUGAAGAACUGU